AUGUUCUGCGAUUCACUCAGAGCAGCAAGUAAGCUGCCUGAUCAUCCAGAACAGUUAAGCGGCGUGUGCGCUAACUGUGGCAAAAUUGGCAAAGUACAAAAAGAUCAUCUAAUCGAAAUUCAAGUAUGGGGAGAGGCUGCUUGUGGAUGGUUCCAUAAGAUGACAACGUUGGAGUUCCUCAAAUUAGCACAGAUUGUUAAUAGCAGUGAAAACCUUCAAGCUCUUUGUCAGUCGUGUAACAGUAGUAAAGGACAAUUGUGGAAACUGUUGUUGCUAGAUCCUACAAAAAGCUUUAAUGGAAAAUAUGCGCAUACUAUUGACAAGCACCGUGAACUUGUUCAGCGAUUUGGAACUGUUCUGGAUAGAUAUUAUGAUACAGAUAUACCUGCAGCCACUCCAAUGAUUAAUCACGUUUUGUUUCAACUUCACGUCAUCGUCCGACAUCUAUUUCCGAGUAUGCCACCACUAUGA